CACAGAACAUAGUAGAGGAAAAUCCAACGAGAGACACGUCCAUGUAAACAGGCUAUAGUUGAAAAGAGCCGAGACAGUGCCAGUAUACGUUGAUAUCGUUGCACACGCGCACGCAACGUGCAUAUAAUAAGCCAUCAUCACAUCGCGAUUUCUAUACAACUUUCUUCUAAAUUAAAUACCAUCAUUUAAUAAUUUUAUAAUAAAGUGGACACAAUUUUUAUUUGAUAUUGUUCGAUUUCCCCCCUCCCCCCCAAAAAGAAACAAUAAAAUUGUUGGUGCCAAUUUUUUUUCCACCAAAAAAAAGAAAAGCAAAAAAAAAAUUUAAUUGAAGAAACGAAUUUGUAGGUACGAGGCGUCGCGCGUAGAGCGCCGCGUUUCGUACAAUCGAUACUAUCGUGUGUUCAGUGCCUCCUGACGGUGUGUGACAAUAUAUUAAAGUGAGGCAAAAUAUACAAGAGAGCAUAAAAAAAAAAAAAAAAAAAAAAUGCGGUUAUCCUCGCUUCUUUUUACAAUCAUCACUUUAUUAAUUGCAAUAACAAUUGCAACAAAAACCAAGAGGAAAUUUGAUGGUGACUUCGAGUUUGCCGACGAGGAUGAUACACGAAUUGUAAAAUCAGGCGAUAAAAAACGAUGGAUAUACGAUCCAAACAGUGAACUUUGUCGUCCGCUCAACUGUAAAAAGAAGGAAAUUUGCCUUUUGGCAGACUCAUUCACAGCAGUAUGCGUCUCUAAAAAGGAACUUCACAAAUCAGGAGAUGUAGUGAUCCCUAAAUCACGAGUUCUUCAGGAACGAAGAAUGCGAACGGAAUCAUCAGAAGAUACAGAGGAUGAUGAUGAUGCAUUUUUUGAUUCGGAGGAUGAUGAAGAAGAUCAAGACGAAUCAAAGUGUCAAGAUUGUCCCGUUGUGAAGCCCUCAUUCAUCUGCGGUAGUGACAAUCGAACCUACAGCUCGCUUUGUCGUAUAGAAUAUCAUAAUUGUAUACAUCGCACAUAUGUUUACUUGGGUUGCAAAGGAUUCUGUCCGUGUAAAGAGUCCGUCCAUCCAUUGCCUUCACACUUGAAGAAAAUGCAAAAAUUACAACUACAAAAGCAAUCUCUACUUGGCAAGAUGAAUCGAGAUCGUGACAUCACUCUAACGCCACGUGACUUCAACUAUGACAAUCAUCAUUAUAAGUACCUCAAAUACUCCAAACGUGCCAAGGCACUCGCUUCAAUGAAACGAUACGACGACAAGCAGUUUACGAGCAACGAGAUUACGGAAAAGACAUCAUUACCGCCUCUAAAACCGGCUUAUGAUAUGGACUUUACAAAAGAUGAAGAUUGCUCGCCUGCUUCUAAACCGGCAAUGGCCAAUCGUCUUCUUGAUUGGUUUUCGGUUCUAAUGACUGACGCAAAACAACAUCGUCGUCCCUUUUCAAAACCAAAAGGACAUUUCCCACCAGGAUGCCAAAGCGAAGUGAGGUGGAUGUUCGGUCAUUUGGACUCUGACAGUAGUGGUCUAAUUUCACUUUCGGAACUUUACCAAUUAGAACACGAUCAAAACGAACCUUGUCUAAAACCGUUCUUUGAUUCAUGUGAUACAGAUGGGGACAUUUUCAUAAGUGGUCCAGAAUGGUGUGGAUGUUUUUCAAAAGCUGAGAGACCCUGUGCAGCAGUUCGUAAGCGUCUUGCACCAGACGUUGCACCCACAUGUGAUUCCAGAGGUUAUUACAAAAAUGUUCAAUGUCAUCGAGGACUUGGUCUCUGUUGGUGUGUUGAUCUACAUGGAGUUGAAUUUGCAGGCACAAGAGUUCAUGGCACUAAGCCAGAUUGUGAUGCAAUUAUAAACAAGAUAAAUAAUGGUGGACUCAAGACAAAUGGUGUAGAUUUAGAUGACGAUGAAGACUCGAUCCAAGAUCUUGAAGGAUCAGCGGAUCAAACCCUCGAUUUUUAGUUAUAUUAUAAUAUUCAAAAAAAAAUUUUUGAUGCCAAGCACAGUAAUUGGACAAUUUUUUCAUUGACAAUUUGCAAUAGAGCAAAAUGUCUACCUAACUGGCUGGCCUCGUUUAUAUUAUUGCUAUUAUAAUUGGAGGUGUCUUAUAUGUACAAUGCGCCUAAUAACAUCGAAUCGAUGAUUAUAAAAAAACUAUAAA